UUUCGCAUUUCCCCUGUCAGAGAAGCAGAGUUCUCUCUGAGUCUUGCAUGAGGGGAAAAACAAAACAUCGUUCACAUUUUUGCGACAAAAGAGGACCUCUUUCUUGGACUGAGCGGUUUCAUGGAUUUUUCUGUAAAAUCUAAAACGUUAUGAUGCCAAGUUUAGGAUCAAAGAAGAAAGACAAUCUACCCAAAAUGGACAGACCCAGUGAAGACUUUCCACAGCUGAGCAAUGAGAUGCAGCUGAGCAUCAUGAACAAGGUGAAGAGCGGAGAGCUGUCCAUCGAGGACGCUCUGAACCAGGCCAGGAAAGACAGGCAGCAGCUGCUCCAACACAAGAGCCUGGCUGAAGAGGAACCGCCACCGUCACAGUACAACUUCAGUGUUCACAAGCACAGCCGCUACAGGUGGCAGAAGCGGGUUAUUCAGAUUGAUUUCAAGACCAAAAUGCUGUGCAGCAUCGAGAAAGGCAUCAUCAAGCGACAGUUUCCCUUCUCAACUGUCAAGAGCUGUGAUGAUGGGUCAGGUUCCAGGUUCUCCAUUUCCUUUAAAGGACACCAUGAUUAUGAACUGGAGGCCACUUCACUGGAGGACAAACACAAGAUAAUGCAGCUUGUGAAUCAGAUCAUUUAUGGGAACAUAUACAGUGAUUCUGAGGGCGAUGCAGAGACAGGUCAGCAGCCUCAAACACCACAGAGCCUUCGGGAAGGCGUCUUGUUACUGCACCGAGGAGGCCUGGCAUCAUUCAAAUGGGUGAAAUAUGAGGUCCAGCUCCACCCGGGCCAGCUAACACUGGUCCCCUUCAGGCGACGGGGCUCCACCGAUGGUGAGGUGACAUACUCGGUGCCCAGGUCCAUCGUGAUUCACCUGUCAGACGGCGACACCAGCGUACAGAAACCUCACAGUUCCGACACUUUCACCCUAAUCACCCACAAAAAUGAGUACAAGUUCCGGGUGCCUGUACCAGAUCAGACUGCUGCUCCUGGGGCUGUCCAAAAGGAACGAGACGCUUGGGUCCAUGCCAUUCACAGACUGUGCAGGGACUGGAAGAGGAAGUCAAUGGCGGAACAAUUGUUUGAACAAACAAAGGAUCUACGACAUAUCAGCAUAGAUGAAGAUGCAGAGGACAGUGGCACAGAGCCUGAGUCAAGUGGUGGAUUUGGUGACGAGAAUAUAACUUAUCCUCCAGUUGAUUAUGAAAAUGCGGCUCCAACUCCUGCCGGUGGAGAUCAUUUAUCAUCUGGUGACACAAAUCAAAGUUAUCCCUCAGCCGAUUAUGCAAAGCCUGUUCCUAAACCUCGCAGCACGAAGAACACUGCUGUUAUCACGCCUGAUAUUUUGCCUCCCGUCCCACCACCAACCUCCCCCGGUGUCGUUCCCAUAUCUUUGCCCACCUCCCCUCAACCCUCCAAAACUGCCCUCACAUCCUCUACCACAGUCCCAGAGUCUCUUAACCAUGAAUCAAGCUCAUCAGCUGUGAAAGGGCCUUCACCGCCCAGCAUCCCUCCACCCCCACCUUUACCCUUCAAAAUCCCAAUGAAGUUGAAAAAACCACGCACCAAGGCUUUCCACUGGGACCAAGUUGGCUCAGACAAGAUUGCAAAAUCAUUUUGGAUACAAGAAAGCACCAGGAGGAUUGAAAUCGACACAUCCCGCCUAUACGAGCAAUUUGCCAUCAAAGAUCUGGGGACGUUUGAUGCCGCUGAGCCGAGCCAUACGCAGCAUAUUAUGCUCAACCAGAAGAUUGCACACAACUUCAACAUUUUCCUCAAAAGUUUUCCAGUGCAACCGGGAGAGCUGAAGGACAAACUGUUCAUCAUUAAUGAGGAAGAUGGAGGCCUGUCUGAUGAGCACAUCACCUCUCUGAGGAGGUACGUCCCCACGUUGGAGGAUGUGGAAAAGUACAAAUCACACAAGGGACCUGUGACAGAGCUGCAUAUUGUGGACCAGUACAUGAUGGAGAUGUGCAACAUCCCAUGCCUGAGCACACAGCUCGACCUGCUGCUGACUCUGAGAGAGCUUCCGAUCAGCAUGAACGACCUGCAACCUCUGAUUAACCAGAAGAUCAGAAUGUGCACGCAGCUGAACAACUGCAGGUCAUUUGUUUCCGUGCUGGAGUACCUCCUCGCCAUUGGCAAUUACCUCAAUGAGAACGCCAGGAAGGAAAAGGCCAAGGGAUUCCGCCUCUCCUCCUUAACUAAACUCUCGCAGCUCCGUGGGAGAGACAAGAAAUUCACCUUGCUUCAUGCCCUUGUGGAGCAGAUCAUGUUGCAUGAACCGUGCCUGGCCACUUUUACCCAGGAGUUGGCAGAAUUUGAAACUGUCCCAGGAGCUUCCAUCAAAGGCCUGACCGCAGAAAUAGAUGUCCUGAAGAAUGAACUGCAGAAAGUCAUUCAGUAUAAAAAAACUUCCAAGAAGAAAAAUGCUGGAGUUCAUCACCCAAACUUCUCCAAAGACCUGAAGUUGGCAAUUGAGAAAUACAACACGGAUCUCUCUGCUCUGACGAAGACGUGUGAGGAGAUGAAGAAACUCUACUCUGUCAUACUGGUUAAAUUUGGUGAACCGUCGGAUCAAGACUCUCAGGAGUUCUUUGGGGUGAUCUGUCAGUUCGUCCAGGACUUCAAGAUGGUCCAUUCUGAAAUCAUGACUUAAACUGUAUAGUGUACAUAUAAGUAAACACUGAGACUGCAGUGAUGAUUAUUAGACAAAACCAUUAAAAUAUAGGCUGUAACCUCUAAUGCAGUAUUUGAUAUUUAAGGGGACCUAUUAUGCCCAUUUUCAGGCACAUACCUGUAUUUAAGGUUUCUACUAGAACAUGUUCAUGCUUUAAUGGUCAAAAAACACUUAAUUCUCCUAAUACUAUGCUGGAACACCUGUGUUCCACCUCUGUCUGAGAUGCUCUAUUCUAUCGCCUGUCUUUUUUAAGCGCCCUCUUCCCAAAAAAGUCCGGUCUGCUCUGAUUGGUCAGCGUAUCCAGGUCAUCCUUAACCUGGCAUCUCUGCACCUUCAUGACAGUCGAUGGGAUGACUGUUAUGGAGAAAAGUGCCACUUUUUACUGUGAAAAACACCAAUAAAAGCUUCAGAUCACAACUGGAAAUGUUCCAAAAGGAAUAUGAUCUGAAAUUUGCUGCUACAAAAAAUAUGGCUGAGGUGAGACGAACAGAUGAAAACUUUAUCUUAUUAGAUUAAAUUGAUGUUGAAGUUUUUCUUUGGGGAAAUAAUUCACAGUUGAAAAAAAAGGCACUUUUUUUUAUUUUAUCACAAUACUCAGCAUAUCGCAACAUACUUAAAAUCGCAGUAAUAUUGUAUUGUGACUUUAGUAUCGCAAUAAUAUCGUGCCGUGGAUCUUCUACUGAUUCCCACUCCUAUCUGACAUCGGGGACAAGUUAGCAUCAGCAACCAAGAUUACAUGUUUUCCUGAUGUUAGCAUGUAGCUACAUGCACAUUACCCAGGGUUUUCUACAGUACAUAUUAAUUAAUCUGUGGCGCACCACCACAACAUCUGCAUCUGCUGCCAUAUAUAGACUUUAUAGUUUCCGAGCUGGGUCUCUCUUUAAGUGUACUCUCGUCAAUAGUUUUGUUUUCCCACAUUACUUUCGAUGAAACUGUCUGCGUUCCUAUGGAAACCACCCACACCGCAAUCCAAUGCUGGGACUAACCAGUGUAACAGCAGCAGAAGACAGUCUGCUUUCACUCGCCUCUGCAGCCGCUGCUACUCUAAUCCAUAAAUCUAAUUUGAUCAGCUCUAAUCAAUGUGACCACAAACUAAUCCAGAGGAAGUCUUGCAUGUGAUAAUCAAACAGUUUCAUUCUCUAUUCUCCACCCUGCGACUCAAACUCAACAGACUGCUGCUGAGGAAAAAAGUCCUCAUGGAAAGUUCUGCUUGCCACCACACAUACAAUCUAUUUCUGUGAGUAACCAUGUUAGCACUGCACUUGCAGUCAAAGAAUGACUGUAAUAGAGAACAAUGGCACUCUUCACUGUAAAAAAAUCACCAAUUAAAGUUUCUAAACACAGCCCCACAUGUUCCAGCAGGAAUAUGAUCCGAUAUCAUGGAGAAAUUUACAACACUGGCAACCAAGAUUAGGUGUUUCCCUGACAUUAGCAUGUAGCUUCAUUUAGCAAUACAGUCUACGUAAUGUAAACACUUGCAGUAGCGUGUCUGAAACAGAUGACCAUAUAAGGAAAUCCAGCACACUGUGACAUCAUACUAUGGCCAGAGUAAAAAGAAGUUUGACCUGAGUAUUGAGAGUGGUAGGAAACCUGAGGUGUUUGCUGACAAGGAAUACUGUCACAUGAAUUUACCUCAUUAUUUGACACUUUGGCCACGUUUAAUAUGAACAUCGUUUACUGUAACACUAUAUGUAUGACACAAACUACUGAAAAGCAUAAUAGGUCCCUUUUAAAGAUAGUAAAAUGUUGCAUGGAUGUAUUUUUUGUAUCUGUUUGCAUUUUUCUCCUGUCUUGUUGUACAGAUAUUUUAUAAUAUAAUGGGCCCUGGAUGUGAUUCAGUGUGUAGACAUACAGUAUGAAGUGUACAGUGAUGCUCGUGCACCUGGAUGACAGAAUAUGAGUGGAAAUCAACUUUGUAAAUAUAAAACUGAUUUAUGUCGUAUUAUUUGAUGUCAGAAGUUGAUUUGAUUUGAGUUGACUUCAUGUUUACUGACAUUUGUUUUGAGACGAAUCAGUAAUGAAGGAUUUGCGACUCCUGGGCUGUAAAAAACACUCCGAUGUUGAAGUGUGCUGCUAAUACCCACAGCUGUCUGCUGGCAGAGGAACAAAACAGACAGCACUUCCGAGGCCAGCUGAGGCUGGUGUACUUUGGGUGUGUGAUUAUUUUGAACAUGCAUUCGUGCUGCGGUCGGGGACGCUUCCUAUCCCAGCGCUCCAGGAGGAGCUCCAAGGCCGCCUCUGAUUAAGCAACACAUCUGCUCUGUGGCAUGAUGAGAAACACAAAACUCACCUUCAAAAGGUAGAAAGAUAUUCUUGGCACUGCUUAGCACUGAUUUAUGUGUUAUAAAGGUUUGUGUGUGCGACUUUUAAUCAGUUGACAGCAAUAACAUCAUUUGUAGUAGUAACUGUGAGCCACGGUGGUAUAAUGAACCAGACCCCUCACUGGGAGGGAAAAGUUGCACAUUUUCUUGUAAAAGCAAAAUCCAAUGAUUUAAUUAAAACUUUGCAUCUGGAGAAACUAGUGAUUCAUUAGCAGCAAACAUAUUUCCAUUUAAAUGUUUCCUUCACAGAGGUUUAUCUUAUUAUUCAUUUUUAUAUUUUCCAAUUUGUCAAAAUUGUAGCUGGAUGGAUCAUUAAGGUUUUUUUCUCCCUGAUGUAGUGUCUUUGUACCGCUUUUAAAAUUAAAAAGAGAUAAGUGACCCAACA